AUGGAAGAAGAGAGGAAACCCUCGCAGCAGUACGGCUCUCUGGAGGACACGCAGGUGGAGGGAGAGAUGGAGAGAUCAGAAGAGGAUGUCGUGUCCAUGGCCGACUCCACGAUUACCGUCGAGGACAUCGAAGGAGAGCUGAACAAAAUCGAGCGGAUACGAGACAUCCUGGUCCGGAGAGAGUCCGAGCUCAGAUACAUGAUGGAUGACAUUCAGCUCUGCAAGGAAAUCACCAGACUGAAGACGGAGCUGCAGAAGCUGGUCUCAGCUCCAGACAAGAAGAAGUCCAAAGAGGACAGAGAGAGGGAGGACGAGCUGCUGCAGCAGAUCAACAAGCUGGUGGAGACCCGGGACUUCCUGGUGGAUGACGUGGAGUUUGAGAGGCUGAGGUGA